GCAUUUUAGCGUUUGUAUACAAAUUACAUUGAAACUCAACUUAGCUAGCUUUGUUCGUCUUAUUCAUUUUUUUUGUGUUAAUUCCUCGGGUAAUCUCUAAGAUUUUUUAGUGGGCCUAUAGGUGAAAGUUAUUUAAAUACUCUGCAAGCAUCUACAUCCUAUUUUAGUGUGUGUGACUUUUAUUCACAGGUAUUAAUGCUUUCUGUUGUUUCUAAAACUGUAUGGAAAGUAUUGUCAGCUGGAAACGCGUAUCCGUCAAAGCAAUUUAUAUCCACUUCUAUUGGUUUACAUAAAAAACCUGGAUUGUCAAAUCAUAAAGGAUUUGCGAUAAUAUCUAGAGUUACUGGUCAAAAAGAAGAUCUUUGGAAGUUGUACAACGAGGUGGUUUAUCCUCCUGUACCUAAAGUUUCAAGCUCAGCUCUUUGGGAUACUAGCAUACGACCAGGUGAAGUUACCCAUCGUCGAGAUGAUAUUUUAUACAGCAGCAAAAGACUGUGGAUGCUAGCCCACUUGAUUCGUGGACGAUCUGUAGAUGAUGCUUUCGCACAAUUAGGAUUUCGUACUGAAAAGGGAGCUAGAAUCCUUGAAGAGGUGAUAGAAGAAGCCAUUGAACUAGCAGUUAAGGAGCACGAUUUUGAAUUCUGUACAAAAAUUUGGAUAGAGUCAGCGCAUGUUUCACGAGGUCGCAUGGUUCCUCGUUUAUACAAAGGCUUACGAUCUAAAGUGGAGUCGAAUAAAUUUCAUUACACAAAUUUGUAUAUACGUCUUCGAGAAGGUGAUCCUCCGAAAAUUUAUCAUCCAAAUGAUAUUAAAGGUGUUUGGACCCCAGCUGCAACAUGUCCACCAGAAGGUAGAUCUUGGGGCUCAACACAAGAAAUGGUACAUCGUGAAUUGGAAAGAUUGCGUGGAAGACGAUUAAAAGGAGAUUUAUAA